AUGAAUGAUGACGAAAGCAGCCGCAAGUCCUUUCUAAGCAAAAAGACGAACUUUGCAUUUCAUGCUAAUCAGGGAUAUUUAAACGUCAAGAAAACAUCUUACGUAAAUAGAUUAGCUUUCAGCAUUCAAAUGAUCAAUCUGAAGUUUUGCUCUUGUCGUUUCAACACCUCUGAAAAUAAUUUAACGCCUCUGCCUUCUCGUUUGAAGGAACAUUAA